UACUGAGAUACCAAUAUGAAAGUCCUCGUCGCCCUCUCAGUUUUAGCUGCAGCAGUUAUUGCACUUCCCAUUGAGGAGCGAGUAAAUGGCGAGAAUGGUUGGUUUGUGCCUCGAGAAGAUGGCAGUUUUGAGUGGAUGGACAAAAAGGAUGCCGAGGAACUUUUAGCGAGCAGUGCUCCUAUCGAAGGUCGUUCCAAUGAGGUGUCCUUCUACCUGUAUACCCAACAGAAUCCCACAGAGGGCCAGGAAAUCAAGGCGGAUGCUUCCUCAAUUGAAGAUUCUCAUUUCGAUAAGAAUCACGGCACUCGGUUUGUGAUCCAUGGAUGGAAGGGACGUUACACCGACAGCAUGAACGUGGAUAUUACGAAUGCCUGGCUAUCGAGGGGAGAUUUUAAUGUGAUCGUUGUUAACUGGGAUCGCUCCCAAUCCGUGGACUAUGCCAUGUCCGUACGAGGUGUUCCUGGAGCUGGAACCAAGGUGGGCGAGAUGAUCGAGUACCUGCACGAACAUCACGGAAUGUCACUGGAAACUCUUAAGGUUAUUGGUCACAGUUUGGGUGCCCAUGUGGCUGGAUACGCUGGCAAGCAAGUUGGCAACCAGAGAGUUCACACAAUUGUGGGUCUGGAUCCUGCCUUGCCCCUUUUUAGCUACGAUACUCCGGAGAAGCGUCUGUCCAGCGAAGAUGCCUUCUAUGUGGAGUCCAUCCAGACGAAUGGCGGUGUGAAGGGUUUUGUAAAGCCCAUUGGAAAGGCCACUUUCUAUGUGAGUGGAGGAAGGAAGCAGCCAGGAUGUGGAGUGGACAUUGCUGGAACCUGUUCCCACGCCCGUUCAGUGCUCUACUACGCCGAGGCCGUCACCGAGAAUAACUUUGGAACCAUCCAGUGCCAGGACUACCUGGCUGCUCUGGCCAACGAGUGUGGCAGCACCUUUAGCAACGUUCGCCUGGCAGAAGAGAGGAAUGCCGACAAUGUGGAGGGCCACUUCUACGUGCCCGUAAACAGCGAGGCUCCAUUCGGUAAAACCGAAUAAAGAAAUAUCAAUAAAAUAUCAAUUAAAUGAGCUACCAAAAA